UUGCAGGUGCGCUCGAUUUGGCUGAUCUGACCUGGCCAGUGGGAGGACAGUGCACUUUAGGACUAAUAAAUGGGUCAAGCGGUGUGCCUGGACAGCUAAAUCGGGCUCACUUCUUGGCGCGAUGCUACAGGUAGAUCGUACUUUUUCGACUGACGUCACUCCCAGGGAUGGGCUUGUCACGUGGUUAAAGUCUGCGCUAUCUCGUGGAAAACAACCUCUGAGCUGCAAGGGAAAAAACUGGGAGAAAAACUACUGGAGAAAACAAGCUAAUUUAGCAGGGGCAAAGGUGAUUCCUGGAUGUAUGUAUGAUCUGUAUGUCCAGACAAGGUUUGCACUCUGACCUGCAAGCCAAUGGCUCAUCUCUUUCCCCAUGACCUCUGGAGGAGGUCCCUGCGGCCGCACUGAGCGUGUCCGUCAUGAACCCCAUUACGACCAGGUCCCGCCAGGCUCCCUAUGCCGAAACGACCCCUUUGACCUUCAACCCCUGAGGUACCAGCGGAGCACCGAACUAGCCCUGAGCUCUGAUCCCCUUCCGCCCCCUCCCCUGCCCGACCAGCCCCCUGUGGGGCCCGAGUAUGACCCCAGCGUCAGUGAGGACAACCCAGACACUGACCCAGAUCCACACCUCGAACUAGACCCUGCCCUCGACAUCAAACCGGUCCACCGUUUCAUCCCUGACUCGUGGAAGAGCUUCUUCCGAGGGACCAGUCUCCGCAGCAGCAAGCCCUGCCCCAUGCCUGCCUCCUCCUCCUCCUCUAACAACAACAACAGCACCAGUGGCGGGGUGCGCUGCUCGCCCCCACACUCGCCCUCCCUGCCCAGAUCCUACCGGGACCCCUAUGGGGGGUCAGGGGGAAGCAGCUACAACUCCCGCAAGGAGCUCCUGGGAGUGGGCGACCACCAAGAGUCAAUUUCGGGACGCACACUCCACACGGCGCUCACCUACAGCGAGCGGGUGGAAGAGUACCACGAGCGCUACGGCUACAUGAAGUCCUGGGCAGGCCUGCUGAGGAUUCUGGGAUGCGUGGAGCUGCUGCUGGGUGCAGCGGUGUUCGCCUGCGUGUGCGCCUAUGUGCACAAGGACAACGAGUGGUUCAACAUGUUUGGCUACUCCUCGCCUGGAAGUGCAUAUGGAGGCUACGGAGGGGGGAUGUACGGAGCGGGCACCGGAGGGUCCUACUACUCGGGUCCUCAGACUCCGUUUGUGUUAGUUGUGGCGGGGCUGGCCUGGAUAGUGACUGUGAUAUUGUUGGUGAUCGGGAUGACUAUGUACUACCGCACCAUCCUACUGGAUUCCUCCUGGUGGCCACUGACAGAGUUUACUAUAAACCUUGCCAUGGCUGUGCUCUACAUGGCUGCAGCUGUAGUCUACGUCAGAGACACCACGCGGGGCGGUCUCUGCUCCCUUCCCAUCUUCAACAAUGGCAUCAACGGGGCUUUUUGCCGCACCGAGGCCGGACAGACAGCCGCCAUCAUCUUUCUGUUUGUCACCAUGGUGAUCUACCUGAUCGGGGCCAUUGUGUGUCUGAAGUUGUGGAGGCACGAGCAGGCACGCAUGUACCGGGAAAAGUACGGCCUGGAGAUGCAUACGACAGAUUUCCCUGCGGCGAGGUCUUUGAUGCCGGUUCCAGAGCCAAUUCAGGGUUCUACUGUGGUUCCCAUCCAGGCUGCGGUACCCAAGGCAGGGCCACCGAAGGUUCUACAGGGAGCUAUCCCUUCUGGUCACAUCCCCAAACCAGUCAUCAUGCCUGACUAUAUAGCUAAGUACCCAACCAUCCGUACGGUCGAUGAGCGGGACCAGUACCGGGCUGUGUUCAAUGACCAGUACUCUGAGUACAAGGAGCUCCACGCUGACGUGCAGGCCACCACCAGGAAGUUUGACGAGCUGGACGCCAUGAUGCGUGCCCUACCCCAGCACCCCAACAGUCAGAUGGAGUAUGACCGUGUAAACAAAAUCCUUCAGGAGUACCAGAGGAAGAAAAAUGAUCCUACGUUCCAGGAGAAGAGGGAGCGCUGUGAAUACCUGAAGAACAAACUGGCCCACAUUAAACAGAAGAUCCACGAGUACGACAAGGUCAUGGAGUGGAACGAUGGCUACGGCUCCUGCCUGAUGGAGAUGAGAGGAGGAGACCCGACACCCUACACAUUCGGGGGCGGGGAAAUAGCUCAAACAGUUUUAAAGAGAGAGACCCUUCGGGCCCCUGUGGAUUCAGGAAUGUCUUCCAAGCCCAACGGGAGUCCGCCUCCCUAUGAGUCAGAUGGAUAUCAUGAGCCACCCCAGCCGGCGUAUUCCUACUACCCCGACGAUGAGUUCCAGCACUUCUACAAAUGGACGUCUCCCCCGGGCAUCAUCAAGCUGAUGUCCAUCAUCGUCAUCGUCCUCUGUGUGGCCAUAUUCGCCUGUGUGGCCUCUACGCUGGCCUGGGACAGCCAGGGGGCCAUGUCUGGCUUCGGUGGUUACGGGGGCAGCUCGUACGGGGGCAGCUCGUACGGAGGCGGUGGUUACUCGGGUAGCUUCGGUGGUGCUGCCUAUGGCGCCGGUAACAACUAUGGCUACGGCGGACUCGGAGGGAACUACAAUGACCCUCGCACGGGCAAAGGAUUCAUCAUUGCCAUGGCAGCAUUCAGCUUCAUCACGGCCCUUGUCAUUUUCAUCAUUGUGGUGUCGAGGCAGGGCCUGUCGGAGUCUAGAAGGUUCUACCUAGCUGUGGUGAUCAUCUGUGCUAUCCUGGCUCUGCUGAUGCUCAUAGCGACUAUAGUGUACCUGGUGGCGGUGAACCCCAUGGCUCAAUCUACAGGGUCGAUCUAUGGGAGCCAGCUGGCAGGCCUGUGUGCCCAGUACCAGGGCCCCCAGGUUUCAGGAAUGUUGGUCAACCAGUAUCUCUACCAUUACUGUGUGGUGGAGCCUCAGGAGGCCAUAGCGAUAGUGUUUGGCUUCCUGGUGAUGGCGGCUCUGAUCAUCAUGAUGGUGUUUGCCUUAAAGACGCGCCAGAAGAUCAGGAACUAUGGCAAGUCCAACGUCCUGUGGAGGAAGGUGAAGAUCAUCAACGAGGAGGCCCCGCCCCAGGACGUGGAGGCAUGGGUGAACAAUGUGUCAGGUUUUCCUGAUGAAGGUAUGGUGCUGACCGACUACCCAGAGAAGUUUGGAGGAUCCAGGAGUCACCUGGACGACACCAGCACCAACUACGACAAACCUCCCUACAAUGACAGCCCAGCUCCUCCAGUAGUUUGUGACUUCCCUGUGCACAGUAGCGCCCCCUACAGCAGCGGCUCAGAGAUGGCCAGCUCAGCAGCAGGGAAGCCCAAAAAGAGACGGGCCGGUCGUCCUCGCCGUACUGACGGACAGGAUACAGACUACGCUUCCUCUGGGGACGAGCUGGACGACGACAAUGACUUCGACAGUGAGUUCCCCACCAUUGCCAAUGAGCAGGAACGUGUGGACUACAAGCGUGAGUUUGACCGGGAUCACCAGGAGUACAAGGACCUGCAGGGAGAGCUGGACAUCAUCAACAAGAGCCUGUCAGAGGUGGACAGAGAGCUGGAUGAGCUGCAGGAGGGAAGCCCCCAGUUCCUGGAUGCUAUGGAAAAGUACAACAGGCUAAAGGACAUAAAGAAGUCAGCAGAUUACCAGUUGAAGAAGCGCAGGUGUAAAUACCUGAAGGCCAAACUGUCCCACAUCAAGAGGAUGGUCGCUGACUACGAUCGCAGGGCCUGAACUUCCUGUCACCUGACGUCAGCCAGGAUACUUCUUCCGGUUCAGAGUUGAUGCCAGAUGUAACACUGGGGGUUUGAGUCAGAUUCUACUUAUUUCUUUGGCUCUGCUCUAGUAACACUAGCAUAUCACUUAGAAUUAAGCAAUGUAUUGAGCAUUUAUUAUAAGUGGUAUGCUUGUGUAGAUAUAAGAACGUAACCUUUGUAAUUUAGGUUUGUGGUUGCAGUAUACUAAGCAUCUUCACUGAGAAGUGUCUGCCCAAGGAUCUCUACUGUGAUUGGAUGGAUGUGCUAGGGAUCAGCCAAUCCACAGUAUACUACAAAGCUGUUAAACAUGAAGUAUCUCACACAUACUUCCUGAGACAAUGGCUGUAGAAAUAUGUGGGUUUUGUGACUUUUUAAAAAUGGGUCAUUUGAAUGUGCAGAAAUAAUAUAUUUAUAUGACUGCAUUAAGUUUAGUGUUCAAAGGCUUGUGUUCAUUCUUGUUUCGUAUAAUGAAUGGUACUUAGAGUGCAGUUUAUCUUCACUCUGUUGUCUGUUGGUAGCCAUUUUAAGGGAUGGGACAAAAUGACAACCUCAAACUGUGAUGUUGUGAGAUGGAUUUCACUCUGAUACAUUAGACAUUUUUUACAGCUUCCUCUUUUAGAUGAGAUGUUAACUUUUUAUUCUUUCACUUUCUAUUUUCUCUUAACCUCAUUGUCAGGUUUUGAUACUUAUGAAAGGUUUGCCAUUUGUAAAUAUGUGAAUAUACUUGUCUCUUUAUGUACUAAUGCUUUGUCCCCUCCUGUAAUUUUUUUGUCAGUUGCUAAAGACUUUGAAACUGUUGUAAAUCAUUAUGCAUUUGUUUCAUGUUCUGUUUUACUUUUUUGACCUAAAUGUAAUAUAUUCAAGGACACUUUAUUAAAACUGAAAAUUCAAUAAAGAUUUGCGUAACAGUUGAAAUCAACCCAAUCUAUUUUUUUCUAUAAGGUCUCUUAAAGACAUUCUCAGGUUUUUCAAUGUGUGAAUGUACUGUUAUAUACUUAGUUAUAUUGAUGUAAUAUGGUCUGCGGUCUUUUGUCAGUUGCUAAGGACUUUGACAUUUUUUUUUAAUCAAGAUGCCUUAAGGUCUUUUUAAAUAAAAUAAUUAAACAGCA